UGUCAGAAAGUGAGUUCACCCUGAGUCGAGUGGAAGGAGCGUAGUCGAUAGUUUUUUUUAUUUUUCUUUUCUUUUGCGCCUCCAAUAAUAUCUAAGUAUAUCGACUCGGCAACAACGGAUCAACCUCCCCACCGAGCCCGGCCAUGGAUGAACAGGCAGGGCCCGGCGUGUUCUUCAACAACAAUAACAACUCUGUUUUAGCCGGCGGUGGGAAAGGACCGAUGCCCGAUGGCGACGGAGGGGAGGCGGCCAGGGCGCAGUACAGCAUCCCGGGGAUCUUGCACUUCCUGCAGCACGAAUGGGCCCGAUUCGAAGUAGAGAGAGCACAAUGGGAGGUGGAGCGGGCCGAGUUGCAGGCCCAGAUCGCCUUCCUGCAGGGGGAGAGGAAAGGCCAGGAGAACUUAAAGAAGGACCUCGUCCGGAGGAUUAAAAUGCUGGAGUACGCGCUGAAGCAAGAAAGGGCAAAAUACCACAAGUUGAAAUACGGGACAGAGCUAAAUCAGGGCGACAUGAAACCUCCAAGCUACGACUCUGACGAGGCCAACGAGAACGACUCCUCUGGAUCCCUCAACAAUCAGCUGUCUUGGAAACAUGGCCGACAGCUCCUCAGGCAGUACCUGCAGGAGGUUGGCUACACUGACACCAUCUUGGAUGUUAAGUCACAGAGAGUCCGAGCGCUCCUGGGACUUGCCGGGGACGGAGCCGGGAAGACCGGUGAACGGAUGAACACGGAGCCUUCAGUGAACGGGCCCAACUCGACACCAAAGGGCAUGGGGACCAGGGGAAAAGUGGAGCUCUCCGAUACGAACGCUGUGCUGGAGGCCUUCAAAUUCAUCGAGAACGCAGCUGCAGAGUUCAGCGACGAAGACGAGGAGGAGGAUAACGAUGGGAAAGACCGGACUAAUGUGGAGUCCAGGACUAUUGUGCGGAAGAAGCAUUCAUCGUCGUCUUCAUCGUCAUCUCCGGCCAGUAUGGACACCACCGAGGACCCGGACACAGAGGAAGCCCUGAAGGGCUUCGACUUCCUGUCAAAUCCAGACGAUAUGGAGACAGAGUCCAGAGGGACCGGAGACGGCACAGACUGGGAAAAGGACGAGCAGGGUCCCGUUUCUGAGGCCUGGGACGUGGACCCGGGCCUGAUAACCAAACUCAAGGAGCAGUACAAAAAGGAGCGCAAGGGGAAAAAGGGGGUGAAGAGGCCCAACCGGUCAAAGCUGCAAGACAUGCUGGCUAACCUGAGAGACGGGGAGGACCUGUCUCACAUGCAGCCUCCAUCAACCCCGCAGUCCCGGCCCAAUGCGGCCCGCUUCAAUGAACACGAGGGAAACAGAACAGAUGAAGUUGAAUCGCUCACUUUCCCUCCCUCACCAGGGAAGACGUUCAUCAUGGGGACAGAAGAGGGCAUGGAGAACGUUCUGGGUCUGGGGGAGCUGGCGGGACUGACCGUGGCCAACGAGGCCGACAGCAUGGCCUAUGAUAUUGGCAACAAUAAGGACGCCAUGAGAAAAACAUGGAACCCUAAAUUCACCCUGCGGAGUCAUUUUGACGGGAUUCGUGCUCUGACCUUUCACCCUGUGGAGCCUGUCCUGAUCACUGCCUCCGAGGAUCACACGCUCAAGAUGUGGAACCUCCAAAAGACUGCUCCCGCCAAAAAGAGUACAUCUUUAGACGUGGAGCCCAUCUACACUUUUAGAGCCCACAGAGGCGCUGUCCUGAGUGUGGUGAUGAGCAGCACAGGAGAGCAGUGUUUCAGCGGAGGGGUGGACGGCACCAUCCAGUGCUGGAACACGCCCAACCCAAACAUCGAUCCCUACGACUCCUACGACCCAUCAGUGCUGCGUGGGGAGCUGAGCGGACACACGGACUCUGUCUGGGGCUUGGUGUACAGCAGCGCACACCAGCGCCUCCUCUCCUGCUCUGCAGACGGGACGGUCAGACUGUGGGACGCCAACACCACCUCCCCUUCACUUGCAGUAUUUAAUGAAAACAAAAAGUUGGGAGUUCCCUCCUCUGUGGACCUGGUGUGCAGUGAACCAGCUCAUCUGAAUCCAGGCACUCCCUGUCACAUUAACAAGGUCCUCAGUCACCCGACUCUUCCGAUCACCAUCACGGCGCAGGAGGACAGACACAUCAAGUUCUUUGACAAUAACAGCGGGAAGCUGAUCCACUCCAUGGUGGCCCACCUGGAUGCCGUCACCAGCUUAGCUGUGGAUCCAAACGGACUCUAUCUCAUGUCAGGCAGUCACGACUGCUCCAUCCGCCUGUGGAACCUGGAGAGUAAAACCUGCAUCCAAGAAUUCACGGCUCACAGAAAGAAGUUUGAGGAGUCGAUCCACGACGUUGCGUUUCACCCGUCUAAAUGCUACAUCGCCAGCGCCGGGGCGGACGCUCUAGCCAAGGUGUUCGUAUGACACGCAGAAACGCGUCCCCCCUCCCCCACAGCCACGCUCUGUGACCCAGCCUCCAGCGAUCAGGGACCAAUAGACACAAAGCAGGGGAAGGACCGUCAGGCAGGGGGUCCAGUCCCACCUCAAACUACCCGCUGGUCUCCUGUUGGAUUCGCAGACCAUGUAGCCAAUAGCCUCAAAUAGGUUGGAAGGAGGAGAAACUGCUCACUGGUCCCAACCAUCUUCCCUCCUCACCAUCCAGGCAGGCCUGGUUGUGACUGGCCACAGCGCCCCCUGCAGACAGACUCAAACUUCUCCUCCACAGAAAGGAGCGAGGCUCAGGACCGGUGGUGGCAGCGAGAAGCGGAGAUGUGAGGUCCCAUCACGCCCCCUCUUCCUUCUCCUCACGUGGCUCCAUGCUCAUCCCCGAUCCUCCUCAGAUAAACCAAGUUUUCCUCCAGGUCAAGUUUCGUGUUGCGUUUAAGAACCGCGGGGUGCCAAAGGCUCAACCGGAGCUGACGCAGAAGCCUCCCAGCUCCUCUCCUCAGCGUCCCACACUGACUCUGCUUGCUUGACCUGCCUUUAUUUUCCUUUUUAAAAACCUAUAUUGACGAAUGUGCCUUUGCUUUAAAAAGGUCUUUAAAAUGUUCUUUUAACACGCUUGUUUAUUUGGGAAGGGGGGUUGAAAAAAAAA